ACAGGUGCGAGGAGGGAAUGAUGACCGUGGCACGCGAGGUGGCAAACACGGCCUGUCACAAUCUGGUGGCGGAUAUGCUCUAUGAGGCGCACAUCCAGGCCAACUGUGAUUACAAAUGUCGCAUCGAAAAAGUGAAGACCAACAAAGGGGCUGUGCAAAACCUCAGGCUAACUCGGGAACAAUAUAUGAGGGUGAUUCCUUGGUGGUUAGCCGGGAAUGAACAGUGCUGGGACAUGAUAAUCGACAGGUGGUAUGCGGAAGGUUGGGUGGAGAUGCACGAGUCUUGCCGGCAGUGGCGUUUGAUGAUGCCAGGUGCACCGCACCAUCAGGGCAAUAGUCACCUACGACAGUACGCGGCCAGAUGGUCGGCCUCACAUGGAGGCGAGCCUUGCCCCCCGAUCAAGGCGUGGGCUUUGGCCCACAAAGGGAAGGCGACAUCGGAUGUCAACUACAACCCGGCGGACCCCCCCAGAAGCGUACAGCCACACAACUGUCCACAGUCGCCUCAGUGAGUACAACUCGAUGACAACGGAGGUGCAU